GCCAGUCACUCGCUCAACUUGGUUGAAGAUGAAUCUAGCAAAGGCAUAAUAUUUGUUUGUACAUAACCGCCGUUUCCUCGCUGAUAGAGAUACACUAUACGCGAAUCUCUGCAUCGGAAAGCUUGUGUUGAAUAUUCCUGUGUUAGUGACGCCGCUGCUGGUGUAGCUUCCAGUCCUCCGCGUGAGCUCAACAUGUCUGCGGAGGAAGCGGACAAACAAAACACCGAUGCUAGCGCUGGAGACGAGGAGGAGGAAUGGCUGUACGGAGAUGAGCCUGAGGGCAAAGAGGAGGACGAGGAAGCCAAACUGAACGCUGCAGUCAGUGCACCUGCUGAUGCUUUAACAGAGGAUGCACACGCUACAGGGAAUGGAGUAGCCUCUGAGGCGACAGGUGAGGGUGAAGGUGAUGCCGACGGUGACGGUGCAGCAGCGGGUGAGGAUGUGGAAAGUGACAGCGACAGUGACGACGACGACGACGAUGUCCGCGUCACCAUUGGCGACAUCAAAACGGGAGCACCACAGUACACAACUUAUGGAGCUCCACCUGUCAAUCUCAACAUCAAGACAACAGGCUCCAGACCGUAUGGACAUGCCUCCAAGUUGAAGGGAGUGGAUCUGGACGCUCCUGGUAACAUCAACGGGGUCCCAGUGCUGGAGGCGGAUGUGGAGUCCUUUGAAGAGAAACCCUGGAGAAAGCCAGGAGCGGAUCUGUCAGACUACUUUAACUACGGCUUCAAUGAAGACACAUGGAAGGCUUAUUGUGAAAAACAGAAGAGACUGCGCAUGGGCCUGGAGGUCUCUACUAUCGGCUCGGUGACAAGCAAGAUCACUGUUCAGCAAGGCAGGACGGGGAACGACAAGGACAUGUCCAGUUUGCCCAUUCACACGUCGAAGCCAGACUUCACGUCUCCUCUCAACAUGUACAACCCCCCUAUCAAUCAGAUCCCCAGGAUCUCUCCCCCUCAGUGGCCCCCAGGUCCGCCUCCUCCGGACAUGUCCUAUUAUACGAAGACGAGUGGUACUAUAGAUGUGAUCGGUGGAGGAACGGCCACCAUCAGCAGGGUUGAAGGGCGCCGCAGACACAACCUAGAAGGCAACAAUAUCCAGGUGAUCGCCGAACAAACGGACGCCGAUCCGACUCCAGCUAAGAUUCCCACCUUCUUCCCUCCUGGAUCACUUCCUCCAAACAUCCCCCCGCCUCCGUUCCUCCCACCGCCACCCAAUGUCAACGCUGCACCCCCGCUCAUCCCACCACCCAGGUUGCCCAUUACUGUUCCUCCUCCUGGUUUCCCCCCUCCACCUAGCGGCCCCCCUCCCACCAUUAUCCCCUCUAUGGACAGUGGCCACCCCGGAGGUUAUGAUGGACGCCCUGUCCCCCCCUACCCAUUCCCUCAAGGCGCAUACCCUCCUCCCAUGUCUGGAGGCGUGCCUCCCCCCUGGCCCCCCAUGAUGGACAACUCUAAACCCUGGGACUACUAUGCCCGUCGAGACGACAAGCGAGAGAAGGAGAGGGAGAGGCCCAGAGAGAGGACACAUGAGCGGGAGAGAGAGAGGGAGCACAGCCCUUCAGCUAUAAGCUACACAAGCGAUGAGGAGCGGUUUCGAUACCGCGAGUACCAGGAGCGUGGCAGUGGUGGUGGUGGUGGUGGUGGUAGCGGCGGUGGCGGCGGCGGUAGUGGCGGUGGCGGCAGUGGUGGCGGCGGCGGCGGCAGCGGCUACGUGGAGCGGCACCGUGAGCGGUCGAGCCGAGAGAAGGAGGAAAGACACAGAGAGAGAAGGCACCGAGAGAAGGAGGAGGGACGCCACAAGUCCUCUCGCAGCAGCAGCAGCAGGCGGCGGCACGACAGCGAGGAGACCGACAGCCACCGGAGGCACAAACACAAGAAGAGCAAGAGGAGCAAGGAGGGAAAAGAGCCGAGCGAGGAAAUCAGCGCAGACCAAGAGAACCAGGAGGUCAUGGAGUAGUGAUCGCCACCUUGCCUUUUUUCAUUUUUUUUCUUUCAUGUCCCCCCCACUUCUGUCUCUGGGUCCUCCAUGUCUCCCAACAAGAUGAGAAAGAAAGGAAAGGGGGGUUGGGGAGGGAUGUGCACAGACCAACAAGAGCAGAGAGUCGCAGAGUGGUCGAUGGGCCCUGUCACUCCUCUCUCCAUCAAUCACAAUCCUCCUCCAUCCGGCUGCCGUUCAUCCUCACCGUCACCUCAAGUGGGAACGGAUGCAGCAGAGGAGGUGGUAAAGGAAGGGUGGUCGUCUUGUUUGCUCCAUUCGUCUUUCCAUCAUGCGCUGACAGCAGUCAAGGCGUCAAUCUGUCAGCCCCCCCCCCCCCCAACUCUCGUUGCUCCCCCCCCACCCGCCUCCUCCCAGAGCACCGUUGUAACGAUUAAGUCAUGCGCAGAUUUCACUGUAUAGUCCCAAUGAUCAGCAGAUUUAGCUCUUUUUUUCUGUCAUUUGUUUGUUUGGUCCUGUAUGAAGACAUUAGUCAAUUUGAGUUGAAUAAAAAACAAACACUUUUGAUAGGA